AUGUCGACCGCGCCCUCCAAGCGUCCGUUCGUUCCUGCUAUCACAAAGGGCGCGCGCGGCCCACUCCCCUCGAGUUGCGAUGGCUGCCGGUUACGACGAGUCGCUUGCAGAGGGCGCCAGACGGACGAAGCUGGACAGGCGGUGAGGUCGUGCGAUGCCUGCCUGCGAAAGGGCAUCCAGUGCACGACGACGGCGCGACAGACGAAUCCUCGUGUUCGCAGCGGGCGACGGAUUGAAGCGGCGAAAGAGAUCUACGGCUCGACAGACAUCGCCACGCCUUCGACGCCUCCAACAACACGCCGUUCUACGCCACCCACCUACAGCGACGCCGAGGCGCACCUGGCGAAUGAUCUGCAGGUUGAGACGCUCCGGCUCGACGUCCUCGACCUGUACGACCGCAUCGGCGGCGCCGCAAAAUACCCUCUUUACCCGUGGCCGUUGUUCAACUACUACGACUCACGGCAUCGCUUCGAGUCAAGGUCACUUAUGCUCCGCAUCGUUGCUGCCGCCGCCUCCCGAUUCUUGCGACCCUCGAAGGGGACUGAAGCGACGCGAGAUACUUGUGCCGAUCAAGCGCUGCAACUGGCUGUCCGGUUGGCCGACUCGCAAGGCUUAUGGCGAACGAUCAACAAUUCGAAUCCGGUCGCGCUCCUCUUGCUGUGGCAGUUGAUGGCGAACGGGGAAUUGGGGACUUCGGCAGCCCAGCCAUACCUUUUUGCGGCAGCCAACCAGGUCAAGGCGAUGCGCGAUCUCGAUCAGCCUGAGCUAGACGACGAUACCACGACUUGGGCGAUAGCGUUGACAGACGCCGUCGUUGCGCUCGAGACGAGUUCGGCGCCAAUCUUAUCGUUUCGGUUCAAGUUCUUCUCACGGAUCGCCCGAAUGACCGCACCUCUCGCCGACAUGCUCCUCCCUUCCCUCGACCAGCUCAGCCGAGCGCUCGAUUCGUCCGAUCCGUGGGACUUGUCGCAAUGUGUCGCCCCCGUCCUCGCCAUUGCAUGCUUCUCCGUCCGGCGACUCGCCUACGCGUUCGAAGAUCUCGCGCUCGGCAAUUUCGGCGCCCUGCGCAUCUGCGAGGCGGAAUGGCUCGAGAUGGACAAGAUUUAUCUUUGGGUGGAUAGCGCUGUCGCGUUUGGAAAGGAGCAGGCGACCAUCACCAAACCGUUCUGCCGAGCGCUCCUCGAGUUGUACACCGGCCUGAUCGCCGCCCUCACCGUCUUCAGCGAACUCGCAAUCCUGCGAGCUGCCGAAGGCGCCGCGGGCGACCAAGACCGGGCGGUCAUGCCCAUCGCAGACUCGGCUCGCAAGCGCGCAAACUCGGGCGUUUGUCGCUACCUGCGUGGUGCCAGGACCUGCGCCUCGAGAAAUCACCUUGCCCUCUUCGCCUCCACGUUCUACUCGGUCUCGCGGGUGGUUCUCUUGGCGGAUAUCUUUGUUGCAACGCCGACGUGGGACGUCAACCUGCAUCCGCAGGGCGCUGCCGACAAGCUCGCAUCGCUGUUCUUCUUGCGCGACGCGCUGCGGAACAUCUCGCUCGCCUAUCCGUCGCCAGCCGUGACGUCGGUACUCGAGAAAAUCGAGCUAGAGAUCGUCUCGUUGCAACGAGUCGUCGACGCUCCCCUUCCUUACGGCGACGACCCGAACACACCCACCAUUCCUCUCACCCAAGUCGCCGCGUGGACGUUCAAUCGGACUCACAACAUGCUCAUGCCACCUCGUCAACACUCCGACUCGCCCUCUAUCUCGCCGCCCUCGCAACUUCCGCCGCAGCUUCCCUCUUCCCAACCCCUACCACCGCUCGAUCCUUACGCUCGUGCACCACCUUUCACGUCCUCGACAGCCUCGCUACCGUUCUACAUCGCCCUGGAACCGCCAAUGUGGACUUUCCAACCCGCACACGUCCUCAACGAGCACCUCGAUGGCGUCUCGCAUGCUCCAGCCCCCGUUCCUCAUUUCCCUUCGUCCCCGGAUGGCGCGCAGGCGUACGCUUCCCCAGCCCAGGCAUAUCCUGCGGCGGAGCAGGACUCCUACCCCUCGCAUUUCUCGUCGUAG